AUGAGCUCCUUAUUUUCAAUAUUCGCAGUACUUCCAGUUCUCUUGGGCGGGUUGUUUUACUACGCUCACCAUCGAACUUACGGCAAUCUGGACAUCUCUACCUCCUCAGUUGCUUACGAUCGAUCCCGUUACCACAAUCUUCUAGACUGGGAUAAAUAUGCGCUCAAUAUUGAAGGCGUACCUACACAAAUCCACUCUGGAGAAUUUCAUUAUUGGCGAGUGCCUGACAGAGAAAGAUGGGAAUCUAUAUUAAAACAGUACCGUUCAGCCGGCUUUAAUACGAUCAGAAUCUACUUUCAUUGGGGCUAUCACUCUCCUGCUGAAGGUGUCUACAAUUUUGAAGGCAACCGAGAUAUUGAAUAUCUUCUGAAUCUCUGUGAAAAGUUAGGAUUAUUUGUAUUAGCAGCGCCUGGCCCCUAUAUAUGUGCAGAAACCCAAGCAGGUGGAUAUCCCAGCUGGCUUGUGGCCAAAAGAAAUUUGAAAAUUCGCCAUAAUUUUGUUAUGUUAUGGCGGGUCUAUGAUCCAGAGUUCGCUAAAUACGAAGUUGAGUGGCUCAACCAUAUUUUGCCCAUCAUUAAGCGACAUCAAAUCACGGAAAACGGGGACCUGCAACAAUUAGCAGCGAACAAUAACAGAAAAGGCUGCGUGUUGGCUUUGCAGAUCGAUAAUGAACUCUUUGAAUCCAUGGCCAAUUUGCUUCCUAUCGGCUUACACGAUCAAAUGAGGAUUUUAUCAAAGGCGGCGAGGGAUAUUGGUAUUACUGUGCCACUUUUCACCAAUGAUGGAUUUGAGGAACAUAGUUGGAUCGCUCGACCUGAAUUAGACAAGGUUAAUAAGAAGAAAUUUUGGAGUAAAGAUAAAUUUGGACUUGAUUUAUAUGGUUUCGAUAAAUACGUCAUUUUCGCCCCGACUAGUUCUCCUAAAUCUUGGUUAAUCAAUAGUGGUGUGUCCGUUGGCACAUGGGAUGAAUGGAAUCCCAAAAAUAUGGAGAAGUCGAUGGAUAAACUUGAAAAGACUGUUCGUGGUUUUGGCGGAGGUGCUGCGAAGUCUCCAUUAUUUAUUCCUGAACUUCAAGGUGGCUGGUUCAACCAUUAUCAACUACAACAUACAUACGAUCAAAUUUAUGACUACUACGGCGACGAAUAUACCAAACUAUUACUGGAGACAGCUUUGGCCCAAGGUCUUACAAUGACAAGUAUUUAUAUGAUUUACGGUGGUACUAAUUGGGGGACACUUGGUGAUCCUGACGUGUAUACUUCUUAUGAUUAUUCAGCAUGUAUUAGAGAAUUUGGCAUGCUUUCAUAUAGAGGAAGAAAUAUAAGAAAGACAAUCCUUUUAACCCGUUCUUUCGAUCCCUACUUUACCAAAACGGAACGUGUAGAACAUCCAAAUGUCAAAACUUCAAUUCCACAUACUAUGAACCUUCAACGUCAGUCAAUUGCGGAAGAUCAAAACGUCACUUUCACAUUCUUCAGGAAUUUCGACCGCAAGAAAAGAGAUACUUUUAAUGUUACCGUUCAGAUGGAAGAGGAUACCAUCACGAUGGGAUGCUACCUGCCUUAUAAGUCCUCUUUCAUCGCUAUAGGUAAUUACACUACUCUGAACAACGUUCACUUGAUUAUAUCAACAAUUCCAAUUCUGACACGUAUGGUGCAUAAGGCGACAAAUGAAGAAGUAUGGAUUGUGGAGCCUAAUACCAUUGGCUCCAUGGCUUUCUCAAAUAAAGAAGUUAAGCUAUCUGGUAACAUGCAUGUUGACAGCUUGACCACUGAUGGACAAGCGAUAAUUUUGAACUUCAAAACGGAUCAUGGUUGGACCAAGAUCGAAACAGUUGACGGAAGUCUCUUUAUCAUUGGUCUCAACAAACAGGACGCCAGUACAUUAUUUGCUGAAUUUGAAGAACCUUACUGGAACAAUAAUGUGAAGAAGUACCCAUCCGUUAUAGCAUGGGGUGCUGACAAUUUUUACUACGACAGGGAAUUACGAAAGCUGGAAAUCAACCAUCGUCCUUCUGAAAAAACGGUUCAUGUACUGUCUUUAGAUGAUGUUGAUAGAAAUAAUGCCAGAUCCAUUAGUUAUGAUCUCCCAUUUAUUCGUACUGUCGAUUUCGAUUCUAAACCAGUGGGACCCAUCUCAAUUAAAUCUACACUUUGGGAACAACGUUCCGUCGACUUCGAGAACCUACCAUGGCAAGAGUUGAAGAGUAUCAAUGGAACCAAGAGUAUUACUUUCGAUGCAAUAGAUUACUUAUACACCAGUGGACACGUACUAUACAGCACCUCUUUUCAAACACCCAAUAAGGAACACCCAUACGUGUCUCUCUCUUUGAAUGCUCGUAACCGCGCUACAGUCAUUUUGAACGGACAUGUUGUAGGUGGUCAUACAACCUAUUCUCGGCAAUUAUUCAUGCCGGGGGCUAAAAUCGGCCCUGAUCCAUACUUUUUGGGCUCACAUAAGUACAACCUAUCACCUUAUCUCUUGCGCUCAGGCACUUUGCAAAAUAAGCUCGUCGUCCUCGUAGAGAGUUUUGGCUUAUGCCGUCAGGCGUUUAUCAUGAAUGAUAUCCGUAAUCCACGCGGAAUGAUAAGUGCCAAAUUGCAUGGUCUCAUUUCGAACGAGAGCGCGGAAUGGAAGAUUGCUGGUGUAGACGUUCAAACGCUAUCUAACCCCUUUAAUAGUGUUGGUUUUCCAGAUGAAAAUCAAGCUGAAGGAUGGCGGAAGUACAGUGAUGUCCAGAGAAAUGAUGCUGGGAAUUGGUGCAUUCCUAUAUCUAUUUCUGACGGCGUACAAUGGUUCCGUUUUACAUUUGAUAAUGCCUAUAAAAAGAAAUCCUCCGCGUUCAGUAUUCCUUUGCGUCUUCAUAUGGAAGGAGAUUGGACGGCUAUGGUAUAUGUCAAUGGCAUGCUCAUUGCUAGAUAUUACGGUAAUGGAGAUGGACCUCAACAUGAUUUUUACUUGCCUGAAGAUUUGAUUCGCGAGAAAAAUAAUGAGGUCAAGAUUCUGGCUUACACAUGGAAAGACACAGAAGGUCAACUCUCUAUUGUGGGAUGGCCUGUAUUACAAGAUAGUGGUAAUUUGAUAACGCAUGUAACUGACGAAAGACCGGACGAGUAUAUGGUCUAUAAGGAGCGAAUUAAUUUGUAA